UACCAAUCUUUUUAAUUAUUUGUUGCUGCAAGCAGCUGUUGCUUAUGUUUACUUUACGUCAUCAGCACUGAAUUACAACGGGGCAUCAUGGCGGAAGAAAAGCUAUGUAAAAAUGAUAUUGCUGCAGUUUUUAAACGUUUGAGGAGCAUUCAAUCUAAUAAGGUGUGCUUUGAUUGCAGAGCCAAAAAUCCCACAUGGGCAAGCGUAACGUACGGUGUAUUUAUUUGUAUGGAUUGCUCGGCUGUUCAUAGGUCGCUGGGAGUGCACCUGUCAUUUGUGAGAUCAACCCAAUUAGACACAAAUUGGACAUGGUUACAAUUACGUGCUAUGCAGGUUGGGGGAAACCAUAAUGCUAUGUCAUUUUUCCAACAACAUGGUUGCGCUUCGCAAGAUGCCCAACAAAAGUAUAACAGUCGUGCUGCUCAACUUUAUCGAGACAAGUUGCAUCAAUUAGCUGCCGGAGCUAUGAGGCUUCAUGGAACUAAAUUACAUAUUGAAAUACCUCAUGCUGAAGUUCCUGCAUCUCCAGAAAAGAGAGAGAUUGACUUCUUCAAAGACAUUGCAGAUGCUGACCUUUUUGAAAAUGAAGUUGAGAAUUCAGAAAAAGAACUUAGUAAUGGAUCCUGCCUUAGAAAUUCAAAUUCUUAUGCAAAUUCUACUAAUUUAGAUGCCAAUCUGGAAAUUUCUCUAGAAGCAUCUGAAUCAAUCAGGCAAUCUGAACCAAGGAAAUCUACCAUAACUGGAAGAAAGCCUGUAGCUGCCAAGAAAGGGUUGGGUGGUAAAAAGGGACUUGGAGCACUAAAAGUCACUGCAAAUUUUGAUGACAUUGAGAAGGAAGCUGAGAAGUUGGAUCGUUUGAGAGAGCAAGCUGAAAUAGAAGCAUCAGCACCUGUUCCUGCUGAAGAGCAAGAAAAGCAGAUUGCAUCUGUCCGGUUAGCAUAUAAAGACUUGAGUCUGCAACAGAAAAAAACAGAAGAAAAAAUGCGCCAAACAAAUCCACAGAAAGCAGAACAGCUUGAGAGACUAGGAAUGGGUUUCACUGGUCGAAAUGCUGGUUCCGUUGCCCAUUCAGCUGCUUCAGAAAUGAAGCUUAUUGCUCAAGAAACACCUGGAAAUGCUCCGAGCAGAAAUCUUGAAUUAGUUGAUGAUGAUUUUGAGUUCUUGAGUUUAACUAGUGGACCUCCAAAGUACGGUGAUAGUCCAUUUUUAUCCCGUUCUUCAUCAGAACGUCUGAAUGAAGUGACUGGUAAAGGUUACUGGAUGAAUGAAAAAGUAGAAAAGCGGUCACCUUUGGACACAUUAUUACCUUCUUCUAAAGAUACCAGUGGUCGAGCGAGAAAGUCUGCCUCCACAUCCAACUUGGGCACAACAGAUGAAGCGCAGAAAAAAUUUGGAAAUGCAAAAGGAAUUUCUUCAGACCAAUUUUUCGGUUCAUCCAAAGAUAGUGAGUAUGAAAGGAAAGCAAAUCUCACUCGAUUUGAAGGCUCAAGUAGCAUAAGCAGUGAAGAUUAUUUUGGUGGUGACUCUAGAAGGAAUACCAGUGCCUCAUCCUAUGCCACCCCAAAUUUGUAUGAUAUUAAAGAAGGUGUUAGGGAUGGAGUAACCAAAGUUGCCGGACGCCUGUCUAGCAUUGCCAAUGGGGUUAUGAGCUCUCUCCAGCGUAAAUGAGAUGUGCCAUAGACGACCUUAGCAUUUGUGUCUUGGAUCGAUAUGGUUAUUAAGGUGAUGGUGUCUGCAUUUGCUGUGGUGCCCAACAAAAAAAGGUGGGAAAAAAAUCCAGUGAAGUAAAAAAAAGAUCUAAUGGAGAAGCCUGAUAAUAUAUAUGAAAGUAUAUAUGAUAAAAUAGGAUCUGUUUGUAUUAAAGUUAUAUGUUGUAAAAAAUUUGGAUAGUUUUCUAUUAAAUUUUUCUCACAUUCAGUCAAAAAUGCAGAGAACUUUUGCCAAAUAUGUUGUAAACAUUCCUUAAAAAUAUUUUAUUCUCAAGGCAGAGUACUUUUAUAUGAAAAGUUCUGUACAGACAAAUAAAGUAACAUGUGCUUGAAGUA